UGUGAUGUCAUUCGGGCACUUACCUUGGCGCAUGCGUAGUUGGGGUUUACCUGGAAGGUAAUCAAGCCGUAGCGGAAGUUUCGAGUAGUGUUGUGACUGUUUUGAAUUCGUGUGAUAUGUAAACUGAUUUGGACCCAAGUCACCAUGACAACAAUACCACCCUCUCAGGCCUAUGCAGGGUCUAGUGCGAAUGACAGUCAGUACUACUACAGUGACAGCUCAGCAUGGACGAAGGACUUCCUCGUCACACGAGACCCAGUGUUUGUAAAUAAAGCUGUUGUGAAUGGCGAGUACAUUGGUCGACAACCACACACCUACAUCUACCUCGCGAUAGCCGUCACAGUUCUCAACCCUCUUCUGGGACCAUUUGCCAUUAUGUUUGCAGUGAUGUCCGGACGGUCCUAUGAUGACGGUGAUAUCAAGACAGCCAUGAAGUGGGCCAAUUAUGCAUUCAUGAUGGGCAUGAUGACAAUAGGAAUUUCAGUGAUUGUAUAUAUAGCUAUAGGAUUUUCUCUUAGUGGUCUGGGAACAAAGGGAGGUCACACACCCUGAACUCUCACCCAUCCAGUGUAUAUAAUGUAUAUAGAUCACCUAUCUACAACACACUAAUUGGACAUUGAUUCAUGACCUCUAACGACCCCAGGACAGGUUCAUUACCUUAUUGCCCCAGAAAUGGUCUGUAAUGGCUAUUUACAUUUAAUAUUCAGUUAAUGUAAAGGUAAGGUGAAGGUAAAUGUGUCAUCAUGAGGUUUUGUAGUGAUUAAUUAUGAAUUUUGAGAUUAGUUUACUAAUUUACCUCUCAGAUUGGUUAACUAAUUUAUUUUUAACAUAUACACCAUGUCAUUCUUAGAAAAUGUUUUUACCCAGACUCUGAUCAAUCAAGACAGAUUUUCACCUGUAACGUUUUGAUUUAAAUGUCGGUUAACCUCUUCACAAUCAAUCUGAAGAAUUGAUUUGUUCAUCUGAAGAUUUAAUCAGGACUUAUUCCACCAUUUAAUAUAUGUACCAACAGAGAAGUAUUGUAGAUAUCCGUGUAUAAUUAGAAAAUUUGGAUUAAGCAAGAAAUAUUAUUAAAUAGCUGUAUGUUGGAAAAAAGUUGUUACAUUAAAUUUCACACUGUACCCAUCUCAUGCUGUCUGUCACUCUAGUGUCACCAUUGGUCAACUCCAUUACUAAAUAAAAUGCAAGAUUUUUUGUAUGAAAGGCUAAUAAUAUUAUAAUCUGAAUCUCAAAUGUUUGUUAUUAAAGGAAAGGUUGACUUAUUGAUUGACAGAUAACAUUGUUAGAGAAUAUUUGUGGUCAUGGCUGAAUGACUUCUGUAUAUUGAUUCUGUAACAAAGACUCCCAACAAGAUCCCAGAGUACAUGUUCAGGGUGGAGA